AGGUCCCAGUCGUUGAGAAAACGCUAUUGUUGGAGCUACUUCGUAAGGUAUAGUGAUAUAGUGACAAAAGAUCACUAGUCAUACAUUGUCACAGUAUUUUUGCGUGACGUUAAUACGUUGUUAACGCUGUUGCAAGUCAAUAAUUGUUUCUUCCAGUGGAGUAUUCCCAACAACGUAAUAUACAGCAUAUAUACCCAGACAGCACAAAAUGAAUGUGUUGGAAGUGUCCUGGUGACGUUUUUAGGAUAUUGAAACAUCCUUAGGAUGUCCUUAAGAUGUCCUUUGAAGACUCAUUUGUUAAGAAACAAUGGACGGCGACAAAUUCGAAUUCGCCAUAGACCGUGGAGGCACAUUCACUGAUAUAUAUGCGAGGUGUCCAGGGGGUAAAAUCCGAGUUAUGAAAUUAUUGUCGGUAGAUCCGGCUAAUUACGAAGAUGCACCGAGGGAAGGCAUCCGCAGGAUACUUGAGCAGGAAACCGAUGUUAAAAUGGACAACGUAGUGGAUACUUCCAGGAUAGGAUGGAUCAGGAUGGGCACGACGGUGGCCACCAAUGCUUUACUGGAGCGAAAAGGCGCGAAAAUGGCUUUAUUGAUAAACGAGGGUUUUAAAGAUUUGAUAUUCAUCGGUAAUCAGGCUCGACCAAAUAUUUUCGAUUUGGAAAUCGUGACACCGGAGGUUCUGUACAAGAAGGUGGUGGAGGUAAAAUGCAGAGUGAUUCCCGCUCUGACGGGCAGGUGCCAAUUGGACAACAAAUCGUGGCGAAGAGUGAAAGGAUCCACCGGCGAAGAUAUGUUCGUUACUCAAGAACUCGAUGAAGUGCAAUUGGUGAAAGAUCUGGAGGAACUCCGUAAUUUGGGAAUAGAUAGCCUCGCUGUCGUCUUGGCGCACAGUUAUACCUACGUGGAUCACGAGAUCAGGGUUGGCGAAUUAGCGAGGAAAGCAGGUUUCGCUCACGUGUCUCUUUCGCACGAAGUGAUGCCGAUGAUCAGAAUAGUUCCCAGAGGUUUCACUGCCUGUGCGGACGCUUACUUGACGCCGCAUAUAAAAAAUUAUUUGCAGGGAUUCUCUUCAGGAUUCAAAGAUAAUUUGAACGGAGUAAACGUGUUGUUUAUGCAGAGUGACGGCGGAUUAACAUCUAUGAAUUCUUUCAACGGAUCACGCGCGAUACUUUCCGGGCCAGCUGGUGGUGUCGUUGGAUACGCGAUCACGACUUACGGAAAGGAGACCGAUCUGCCUGUCAUCGGAUUCGACAUGGGCGGCACAUCGACCGACGUGAGUCGAUACGGAGGCAGUUACGAGCACGUUUACGAGAGCACGACAGCGGGCGUCACCAUACAAGCGCCUCAGUUGGACGUCAACACAGUUGCGGCAGGAGGUGGAUCGAUGCUUUUCUUCAGGUCGGGUCUCUUCGUGGUCGGACCUGAGAGCGCGGGUGCUCAUCCUGGACCCGCGUGUUACAAGAAGGGUGGUCCGCUGGCAGUGACAGACGCGAAUCUCAUGCUGGGUCGCCUGCUGCCUGAAUAUUUUCCUCAAAUUUUUGGGCCUAGCGAGAAUGAGCCGCUCGAUAAAUGCUGCACGUUAAGGGCAUUCGAGGAACUCACCAACGAGAUCAACAAGUUUUUGAGUAAUAACGGGGAAGAUCCAACAGCCGAAAGAAUGACAUCCGAAGAAGUGGCUAUGGGUUUCAUCAGGGUCGCGAACGAGACCAUGUGUCGUCCGAUUUGCGCAUUGACUCAGGCGAAAGGUUACGACACUUCGCGCCACGUUCUGGCGUGUUUCGGUGGUGCUGGAGGGCAACAUGCCUGUGCGAUCGCACGAUCUCUGGGCAUGAGCACAGUUUUCAUUCAUAAAUACGCCGGUAUUUUAUCAGCUUACGGCAUGGCAUUGGCGGACGUCGUCGAAGAGGUUCAGGAGCCAAGCGCCGAGAUUUAUGAGCAGGAAAGCUUCGAUCGUCUGGAUGCCCGUCUGGACGCGAUGGAAGCGAAAGUUAAGAGCAAAUUGCGUGCGCAAGGAUUCACGGACGCUCAAAUAGAAACGCAGCCGUUCCUACACCUGCGUUAUCAGGGGACUGAUUGCGCUUUAAUGUGCAUUCCUAUUAGAGUAGACAGGAAUGAAGGGAAAUAUACCAGACACGGAGACUUUCUUGCUUCAUUUCUACAAAGAUACCAGACCGAGUUUGGCUUUACUAUGCCGGAUCGCAAGAUUCUGGUGAACGAUGUGAGGGUCCGAGGAAUCGGUAAAACUGAAAUUCUCGAGGAUCCUGUAUUACCUAUGAGCUCGGAACCGCCAAAACACAAAAAGACCACUAUGGUGUAUUUUGAAAAUGGCUAUCAGGAGACGAUGGUUUAUCAAUUAGAUUCCUUAUGCGCUGGGCAGAAUAUAAACGGUCCCGCCAUUAUCAUGGACAGUCUGAGCACGAUUUUAGUGGAACCGAAUUGCACCGCCAUCAUUACCAGUCGCGGAGACGUGAAGAUCACAAUCGGACAAUGUCCUCGAACACAAAUCAGCACCGACCUCGAUGCCAUCCAGCUUAGCAUCUUCUCGCAUCGCUUCAUGAGCAUCGCCGAGCAAAUGGGUCGGAUACUUCAGAGAACUUCCAUUUCUACCAACAUAAAAGAGCGAUUGGAUUUUUCAUGCGCGGUUUUCGGUCCCGACGGUGGUCUCGUUUCAAACGCACCUCACAUUCCAGUGCACUUGGGCGCCAUGCAGGAGACCGUACAGUACCAGAUAAAGGCAUUCAAGGGUAAUUUUGAGCAGGGAGACGUCAUUCUCUCUAACCACCCGUCAGCAGGCGGCUCCCAUCUGCCGGAUUUGACGGUCAUCACACCGGUGUUCUACAAGAACGUGGAGAAGCCGAUAUUCUUCGUGGCCAGCAGAGGUCAUCACGCUGACAUCGGCGGGAUUACUCCCGGUUCUAUGCCGCCGCAUUCAACGAUGCUAUUUCAAGAAGGUGCUGCUUUUAAAAGUUUCUUGCUGGUACACAAAGGAAUCUUUCGUGAAAAAGAACUGACGGACGCUUUGAUGGCGCCGGGCAAGAUACCAGGAAGUUCGGGUACCAGAAAUCUCUCGGACAACCUCAGCGAUCUCAAAGCUCAAAUUGCAGCGAAUCAAAAAGGCUCACAACUGGUAUACGACCUGAUCGACACGUACACACUCGAAGUAGUACAGGCAUACAUGGGCCACAUACAACGCAAUGCAGAAAUUGCUGUACGAGAGAUGCUGAGUUCGAUAGGCACGAAAGUUCUGCGACAAACCGGAGAUACCAGCGUUACUGCUGUCGAUUACCUUGACGACGGUAGUCCUAUCAAAUUGCGUUUGGACUUUGAUAUUAACGAGGGCGAAGCGACAUGUGAUUUCAGCGGAAGCGGCCAUGAGGUCUGGGGCAACUGCAACGCGCCACGCGCCAUUACUUUCUCCGCGUUAAUAUACUGCCUCAGAUGCAUCGUUGGUCGAGACAUACCGCUGAAUCAGGGAUGCUUGAAGCCCGUGAAGAUAAUCAUCCCUAAGGGAUCACUGCUUGAUCCUGCGGAGGAAGCCGCAGUGGUCGGUGGAAACGUGUUGACGUCUCAGCGCAUCGUCGACGUGGUUUUGAGAGCUUUCGGAGCUUGCGCGGCCUCGCAGGGUUGCAUGAACAAUGUGACCCUCGGCACCGAGGAAUGGGGUUAUUACGAGACGGUUGCCGGUGGCAGCGGAGCGGGGCCGACUUGGGACGGCAGAAGCGGCGUGCACACGCACAUGACCAACACGCGAAUCACCGAUCUCGAAAUACUGGAACUACGUUAUCCGAUUGUACUCAACAAGUUCUCGCUUAGACCCGAAAGUGGCGGCAAUGGGGCGCAUCGUGGCGGUGACGGUGUUGUGCGUGAGAUGACAUUCAGGGUCCCGAUGAUGUUAUCCGUGUUAACCGAGCGGAGAGUGAACAGGCCACCUGGACUUGACGGAGGCAUGCCAGGAGAACGCGGUCGCAAUACUUUGAUGCGAGCUGACGGUAGAAAGAUCAAUUUGGGUCCGAAGACUGCUGUUCCGGUAUAUGCAGGGGACAAAUUUAUCCUGGAAAGUCCAGGCGGCGGUGGUUACGGCGUGCCUGGCACGAGCGCGCCGCCGUUGCGUAUCAGAGACUCGCAUAACUUCGCGGAACGCGGAAGUGUUUUUGAGUACCGGAAGGCCCAGGAAUCCGUUUAGGACGGCCUGCAGUCACUGCCACGAGAACUAUGAAUUGUGGUGUGGAAGACACAUUCCGGAAGGGCGUCACAGCUGUAGUCCUCGCAAUAAGCUACAUCGCACCGCUCUGAUAAAUUCCUAUUGAAUGGUGCAUUGUUGUAUACUAUGCCGUGUUGAUUUAUGUCUUGAGUUAUGUAUAAGAAAAAGGGAAAAGUGAAACAAUAUGUUUUAAUUGUAUACAACGAUAAUAUUGUAGAUAAGAAUUACAUUGAAAUUAAUAUAUUUCUCUUCACAAUAUGUUUGUAAAGCUGAGCUAUUAACUAAAAUUAUACUACGAAUUAUUAUAAUAAUAGAAAACAAGAAGAAAAUAAAGUAAUUACAAUAGUGUAUGAACGUUAAGCGUGCAUAACAUUUUGACAUAUCAAAUAUAUUACAAUUUUAGUCACAUUUCUAUAUAAUCGCCAAGAUUAUAAAAAUUUUAUUGUUACUUCUAUUAGAAUAUUUUUCCCUUUAUAAUGUCGAACGUUGUUAAAGGAUAAAGUUU